AUGUCGUCUGACGGUGGAAUCGCUAUGUCAACAACGUCUGGUAGCUUGGAUUCUCUUUUCCCCAUGCCUGAAAAUCUUGCAGACAUCAGCAUCGGUUCAUAUCUCAAGUAUCCAACCUCUAAGCCAUUCAUCAAUGAUGAUUACUGUUGUCCAUCUGAAGAACCAAUUUUAAGUUUCCCCCAGAAAAACACACAAGCUUUGCUGACUGCAUUAAACAACCUUCAACAAAAGAUUCGAAGUCUUGAAUUAGAAAGGAACCAAGCUGAAGUCCAUAUAAAAGAAUUGGCAUCAGAAACUGACACCUACAAACAUCUCUUGGAGCAAGGAAAAGAACAAGAAGCAGCAACAGAGAAUUUAGUUUCACGACAGACACAAGAGGUGACACUGCGACUGAAUGCUGCUGAAAAUCGAUGUUUGCUGCUGGAGAAACAAUUGGAAUACAUGAAGAAGAUGGUGAAUGAUGCAUCAGUGAAUAAAGAUCAACUGGAGAGGCAGAAGGAACAACAGAAUGCAAAUGGUUACAGCAUGAAUCCACAGACAUGUGGCAUGCUACCCAAAUCUGUUUCACUGGAUAAAAUUGCUGAAUUAGAAAGAGACCAUUUAAAAUUGACUGUGACACAAAAACUUGCUGAAAACCGAAUUAAAAGGCUUGAACAGAAAUUAAAAGAAGAACAAAAACAAAAGGCAUUUCUCAAAGAAAAAGCAGCUAAAAUGGAAACAUUGAUGACAACAAGUAAAGUUUUGAAAGAUACUUUAAAUCGACCAUGUGAAAUGCAAAGGAAACGAUGUACAAAGAAAAAGAAGGCAGUUAUUUCCAAACCUGGAAAAUGUUCUGACCCAUCUCUUCAUUACCGUUUAAAUUUAGCAGAUAUUCCAUUUGUUGCUGGAAAAUCAACCUCCCAAAGUCACAGUGUUAGUGCUAAUGUUCAGAAUGUCUUUGCCCUGAUGAAAGCUCACAAUUCUGCCUUGUGUUGUUUACCCAACAAGCAGCAUCUAGAAUCUGGUAGUUCUACUGCCAGUUCAACUAUUAGCACCAGUGUCUGCACAGACUUACAUGAACUUCUCAUGCAAUUACAGGAAGAAUUUGGCAAACUCAGCUGGGAACACCAACAACUGACAAGUCAGAUUAAUGAAUGCUUAGAUCCUAAAAUGAAGACAGAUUUGGAAAGAGAUUUGGAUGCGAUUGUUUCUCGGAUGGAGACCAAAGGAAUGCAGAUCAAUAAAAUUCACAAAUAUAUAUACAAGACAAAUGAUGACAAAAAACAAAUGAAAAGGAAAAAAUCUGAAAAGGUAAACCCUGUCCAAGCAUCAGCUGCUCUUCAUGAAGACGGCAACCAGAGAACUUCUAAAAAAGCUGCCUUAUACAGGGCACAGUCAGUGCCAAUCUCAAAGAUAAACAAACAUGGUGCCACUUCCACUGAUGCUGCAGGUCGCUCUCUUCGAAUAUUAAGAGAUAUGCGAAAACUUCAAGCAACACUACGACAGGAUGACCUAAGCUGGGUAUGA